CCUCGGUGGAGUAGGGUCGUCGGGGGUUUCUUACGCGCUCGCCGAACGCUCUCCAAACGGUCUACCAGCUGAUCUUCGGAGACACUGUCCGUGCCCUUUUUGGUUCCUGUCUCGAUCGUCAUUGCUCCACCGUUUCUGCGGAUUAUGUCCGGCUCUUCGACACUCGCAAUCUGACACGCUAGUACUGCCCCGCGGUGCCCCUCCAUCGCGUCUGCUUGCGAGACACGAUGGGCAAUUUACCCGUGGCAGAAUUUCGGCGUUCAGACCCACUGGACAUGCUGCCUCAACCACCUGGUUGCAGAUGUGGAUCUCCAAGACAGAUAUGUGAAGCCGAUAUUACUAUGUACCUUGUUUCUCUUGAUACGUAGCUAGCUGGCGUGGGGACUCGGGGAGAUGGAGGUAUAUCUAGAGCUCCUGAUUCCGCGAGUCUCACGGCUUUCUGGCUAAUCUUUUGUUCUCCCUCUGACUCGACGAACGCUGCGGUGACUCGUACUCUCACCUGCAUUAUCCUUCUUGGUUCUUUCAAACACUUCUUCUGUUGAUCGGAGGAAGUCCAUACUCUUAUCGCCCUUCCUUACUCUACAAUGCCUCUCGACGUCGAGAAAACUAUUCAAGAGCUUCGGCUCGGGGAGAAGAUCGAUCUCGUGUCUGGAAUUGAUUUCUGGCACACCGCAUCCGUCCCCCGCUUAAACAUCCCCAGCAUCCGCAUGUCCGACGGCCCCAAUGGUGUCCGUGGAACCCGCUUCUUCAACGGCGUGCCAGCCGCAUGCUUUCCCUGCGCCACAGCCCUAGGAGCCACUUGGGACACCGAGUUGCUUCACAAGGUCGGCCAAUUGAUGGGUGAGGAAGCCAUUGCCAAGGGCUCGCACGUCAUCCUAGGUCCCACAAUCAACACACAGCGCUCCCCGCUGGGCGGUCGAGGCUUCGAGUCUUUCGCCGAGGAUGGCGUUCUCUCUGGUCAUUUGGCUGGACAUUACUCCAAGGGUAUUCAAGAGAAGGGCGUGGCAGCGUGUCUAAAGCACUUUGUGUGCAAUGACCAGGAGCAUGAGCGGUUGGCGGUUGAUUCAAUUGUCACUGAUCGUGCGCUGCGUGAAAUCUAUCUUAUGCCGUUCCAUCAUGCAAUGAGGAUCUGCAAGACUGCCUCUGUGAUGACGGCUUACAACAAGAUUAACGGAACACAUGUUAGUGAGAACAAAAAGAUUAUUACGGAUAUUCUGCGCAAGGAGUGGGGUUGGGAUGGUCUAGUUAUGAGCGAUUGGUUCGGAACGUACAGCACAUCAGAGUCAAUCAUUGCCGGCCUAGACAUUGAGAUGCCAGGAAAGACACGCUGGCGUGGAGGUGCCCUGGCACACGCCGUAUCUUCGAAUAAAGUUCACGAAUUUAUCCUUGAUGAACGAGUCCGCAAUGUGCUGAACCUCAUCAACUAUGUCGAGCCAUUGGGCAUCCCAGAGAACGCCGAGGAGAAGGUGCUGAACCGCCCAGAAGACCAGGCCCUGCUGCGCCGAGCUGCAGCUGAGUCUGUUGUCCUCCUAAAGAACGACGACAACGUCCUCCCGCUUAAAAAGGAAAAGUCGAUCGCUGUUAUCGGGCCAAACGCCAAGAUUGCAGCAUACUGUGGAGGCGGCUCUGCGUCGCUCGACGCUUACUACACUAUUACUCCUUACGAUGGUGUAGUGGCCCAGAGCAAGGGCGAAGUCCAGUUCGCGCAGGGAGCAUACUCACACAAAGACCUUCCUCUGAUUGGCCCUCUGCUGAAGACCGAGGACGGCAAGACAGGAUUCACCUUCCGUGUAUACGACGAGCCCGCAUCGAGCUCUAACCGCGAACUCCUGCACGAACUCCACCUCGUCUCAUCUCUUGGCUUCCUCAUGGACUACCGCCACCCCAAGAUCAAGUCUUUCCUCUACUACGUUGACAUGGAAGGUUACUUUACCCCCGAGGAAGAUGGAACCUAUGAUUUCGGCGUGACCGUCGUCGGCACGGGCAAACUUCUCGUCGACAACGAAGUCGUUGUUGAUAACACCAAGAACCAACGCCUUGGAUCUGCUUUCUUUGGCAACGGCACCAUCGAGGAGCGCGGUUCGAAGGAACUGAAGGCAGGCCAGACCUACAAGAUCACCCUACAGUUCGGUACAGCACCGACCUCCGACAUCGACACCCGCGGCGUCGUCAUCUUCGGCCCAGGUGGUUUCCGCUUCGGCGCCGCCCGCCGCACCACACAGGAAGAACUCAUUUCCAAGGCCGUUGCCCUUGCCUCAAAAUCAGACCAAGUUGUCCUCUUCGCAGGUCUGACCUCAGAGUGGGAAACCGAGGGCUACGACCGCGACGACAUGAACCUCCCCCCAGGAUGCGACGAACUAAUCAGCCAAGUCCUCGACGCCAACCCUAACACAGUGGUCGUCAUCCAGAGCGGCACGCCCGUAACCAUGCCGUGGGCCAGCAAAGCCAAGUCCAUCUUGCAGGCCUGGUUUGGCGGCAACGAGUGCGGCAACGGAAUCGCGGACGUCAUCUACGGCAACGUUAACCCCUCCGCAAAGCUCCCAGUGACCUUCCCCGUCCGCCUCCAGGAUAACCCCAGCUACCUGAACUUCCGCUCCGAGCGCGGCCGCGUCCUCUACGGAGAGGACAUCUACGUCGGAUACCGCUAUUACGAAAAGGUCGCCCUUCCACCACUCUUUCCCUUCGGCUUCGGUCUCUCCUACACCACCUUCACCCGCGAGAACCUCACCCUAAGCACAACCCCGGAACAGCCAACUCUGCAGGACGGAGAGCCCAUCACCGCAACAGUAACAGUAACAAACACAGGCUCCGUCGCCGGUGCGGAAACGGUGCAGCUCUGGGUUGUCCCACCCCCGACAGAGGUCAACCGACCUGUCCGCGAACUCAAGGGAUUCGCCAAGGUGUUCUUGCAGCCUGGCGAGUCGAAGACUGUCGAUAUUGUUGUUGAGAAGAAGCUUGCGACGAGCUGGUGGGAUGAGAAGAGGGAGAAGUGGGCGAGUGAGAAGGGUGUCUAUGGCGUGCAGGUGACGGGUACUGGGGAAGGGGUCCUGAAGGCCGAGUUUGAGGUUGAGAAGACGAGGUUCUGGCUUGGAUUGUAAAGGCUGGUCGACCUCUACUGUAUGCCAGCUAAGGUAGCAUGACUGACUGCAUUACUCACGAUAUUUAUGGCAAUAUUUAUGGCAAUAGGUAAAUUGAUGUUUGAGAUGAUAUUAAUAUUCUAAUACCUAUGAUGAUUGUGGCUCG